UGAUGACGUAGCGCUCGGUGACGUGUCCGUUUGUUUACAGCUCUCAGGCUACAGCAAGAUGGCUGUGGACAUAACUUUACUUUUUAAAGCCAGUGUUAAAACUGUCAAAACCCGAAACAAAGCCAUGGGCAUAGGGUUUGAUUCUACCAAAGACGAGAUAUUCAAGCGGAGUAAAACAAAGCAUGGAUUCUCCCCCAAGGCUAAGGAGGUGAUCACCAACAUCACGAAACUGAAGGACUUUCUGCUGCAGCACAGGAAGGACUACAUCAAUGCUGGCAGCCUCAUCUCGUCGGACCUGACGCGUAUGACGGACAGCGAGCGGGACCAGAUAGACCAGGACGCCCAGAUCUUCAUGAGGACGUGUUCUGAGGCCAUACGCCAGCUCCGCUCUGAAGCUGAGAAGCAAGUGUUGUCUGCUCAGAUGAAGGAGCACAGGGCAGCAGUACUGGACCUCGUCGAUGUGUAUCUCAGAGGUGUGUGCAAGAUUUACUCUGAGCAGAGGGCCAUCCGAGUCAAGAGAGUGGUGGACAAGAAGAGGCUGUCCCGACUGGAACCCGAGCACCAGGGCAGGUCGGGGAAGGUGGCCGGGCCUGAGCCCAGCGAGGAGAAGACCCCGGCGGUCAAGGAGGAGGGCUCCGAGAGGAACAUGUCUGAGCUGCUGGACAACAGCGUGAGCCCCUGGGAGGACAGCAGAGCGGAGGACGAGCUCUCUCCAGAGGAAAUUCAGAUGUUUGAGCAAGAGAACCAGCGGUUAGUGAGCGAGAUGAGCAGCCUAGUGGAUGAAGUGAGGCAAAUUGAGGGCAAGGUGGUUGAGAUCUCUCGACUCCAAGAGAUCUUUGCUGAGAAGGUCCUCCAACAGGAAACGGAGAUAGACAAUAUCCACCAGUUAGUCGUGGGCACGACAGAAAACGUCAAAGAAGGCAACGAAGACAUUCGAGAGGCCAUUAAAAACAACGCUGGCUUCCGCGUGUGGAUCCUCUUCUUCUUGGUUAUGUGCUCCUUCUCCCUGCUCUUCCUGGACUGGUACGACAGCUAAUGCCUCCCAGACGUCUGAUUGGACCCUACACCACACAACAGGAAGUGGACAUCCUCCUGACCUCCUUGCCUUGUCUGUUUUGUUCAGCUAACACAUGUGUAAUUAUGUCUUAAGGACCCAAUGAACGGAGUAGAACAAAUGAAGAUGAUCAAGUUUGUGUGUAUGAAAUGCAGUUGGUAACCAAGCGCUGGGGCCAGUCUGUGGCUGUUAAGUGGCAGCUUCCAUGUAAUACAGCACUGUAUCCACUAGAGGGCAGCAAUCCUUCUACUGGGUUGAAUGUGACCUGUCAACUUUUAAUUUUGAGUAUUGGUGGGACAAUCAUUGUCUUUGAAGCCACUUCAGUGCUUGCAAAUUAAAUAAAGGAAGCAAUGGUUAAAAAGACAGAGGCUUCAGCUGGUUGUCUUUCUUAUUAUUGCCUCCAAUGCAUUAAAGGAUACUAUGUAGACUUGCAUUGUUUGGGCCAAUAAUGUUUAGGAUUCAUCUAAUGAUAAACUCUUUUUGUUAUCUGACCGUGAACUUUCCCUGUCCCUCAUUCACUUCCAUGUUAGACUGAACUACCAAAAUCCUGGAAUUCCAGGUCGAAAUAAACCACCAAUAGCACUGUCUGUUGCUGCUGUUCAAGUUGCACUGAUCAACCACUUAAUCUAAUAAAAGCCUUAAUGCUUGAAAUA